AGAUCCCGAAUGAAAAUUCUCUUCAACUCAAUUGCCCUCGUGGUCCUGGCCACCAUUGUCCAAGCGGAGUUUUCGGACAGUUUCCGUAACUACUUUGCUGGUCAACCGGAAUUGCUGAAAGUUUUGUCUAGAAACGACCUUUUUGGAGCUAUUGGAAGUUUUGGAGGUGGAAGGCAUGUUGGAGGUACUCAAACAAGAAGAGUCCCUCUUAUCAUCGUACACGGAGGAGGCCUCAGUGCACAGCAAUAUAUAAAAUACAAAGACGAAUUCAUAAAAAGAGGAUAUAGUGCUGAAACCGUCUACGCAACGUCGUGGGGCAUUCCAGCACACACUUAUGAACCAAAUCUUGAGAUGACGUGUGAAUAUGUGAAACAAAUCAGAAAACUUAUUAUCGCCGUUUCAAAGUUCACGAAUAAUAGGGUUAAUAUUGUGGCAUAUGGAACAGGAUCCCCGAUUGCAAGAAAAGCGGUGAUUGGAGGAAACUGCGUGGAUACUAAUGAAGAUCUGGGAGUUCCACUGACGGCGUCAGUUAGAGCAUUUGUUUCUGUUAGAGAUCAUUCAAGUUCAAAUUCAAAUUCAAAAUUCAUAUUUUCUGGACAAAACGGAGGUAUUCUGUGCGACCCGUCAGGUGAUAAACGUGCAACAUGUCUAAACAUGGACAUCGGGCUCAACUGUGGAUCCAAGUUUAUAAGAGACAUUAAUGCCAUAGACAAGCGAGUAGCCCUUUUCCACAUUGACUCCAUUGUCCCGCUUCUCCUCCAAAAAACCAGCUGUGGCUCAGAUCCCUACACCAUUCCAUACUCGAAAGUUUACGAGUAUGAUUUCAAUGGUGUUGAACAGAAUGUCAACCGCGUUGUGGAGAUUCUCAAGAAAUGA